AUGACCUGGAACGAGUCUUACUGCUGCAUCAAACUGGCAGCCUUGACAGAGAACCGGACUCAGAGUCAGAGGGAAAUACAGUCACAGCACAAGAGUCACUUAUUGGCUUCAAAUACGUUUCUUCCCACCCCCUCACUCCAACCUCUGAAUAUUAUUCUUUUGAAAAUUCUUCGUUGUCAAGCCGCCAAAGUGGAGAGUGUGAUUGCAGAAGGGGGUGCUUCUCGUUUCAGUGCUUCUUCAGGUGGAGGAGGGGGUAGGGGUGCUUCUCAGCACUGUCCCAAGACUGUCGGAAACAGCGAGUACCUGGGGAAACCCCCGGGGCCCAGUGUUCAGAGAUGGGUUCCUUCACGAAGCACUAGACGAGAUGUCAACUCCAACGAAAAAGAACGGCAUGACGCAAUCUUCAGGAAAGUAAGAGGCAUACUUAAUAAGUUGACCCCAGACAAAUUUGACAAGCUAUGCCUUGAGCUCCUGAAUGUGGGUGUAGAUUCAAAACUCGUCCUAAAAGGAAUUAUCUUGCUGAUUGUGGACAAAGCCCUCGAAGAGCCGAAGUAUAGCUCGCUAUAUGCUCAGCUAUGUCUGCGUUUGGCUGAAGAUGCGCCAAAUUUUGACGAUCCUUCGUCAGAGAUUCAAACAUCACAGAAACAGAGCACAACAUUCAGGAGACUCUUGAUAUCUAAGCUUCAAGAUGAAUUUGAGAACCGCACCAGAAAUGUUGAAAUCUAUGACAAACGCGACGGCCCUCUGUCCUCUGAGGAAGAGGAGCAGCGUGCCAUUGCCAAGAUCAAGAUGCUGGGCAACAUCAAAUUCAUUGGGGAACUUGGCAAGCUUGAUCUUAUCCAUGAAUCUAUCCUUCAUAAGUGCAUCAAAACACUCUUGGAAAAGAAGAAGAGAGUCCAACUUAAGGAUGUGGGUGAAGAUUUGGAAUGCCUCUGUCAGAUAAUGAGGACAGUAGGGCCUAGACUAGAUCAUGAAAAAGCCAAGUCUUUGAUGGAUCAGUACUUUGGCCGUAUGCGAUCCCUAAUGAGCAAUAAAGAUCUGGCAGCAAGGAUUCGUUUCCUGCUGCAAGAUACCGUGGAGCUGCGGGAGAACGGCUGGGUUCCUCGCAAAGCUUUCCUUGAUAAUGGACCAAAGACGAUUAACCAGAUUCGUCAGGAGGCUGUAAAGGAUUUGGGGGUGUUUAUUCCACAGAAUAUGUCCCAGGGAUUGAGGAGUGACUUCUUUCCCGAAGGCCCCUUUGUGGGAGGCAGGAUGAAAUUUGAUAGGGAGGCUAUUGGGGGAUUAGCUGAUAUGUUUGGACAGAUGCCAGGUAGUGGGAUUGGUACUGGUCCGGGAGUCAUACAAGACAGGUUCUCACCCACCUUGGGACGUCAUCGCACAAAUCCACUGUUCAACGGUCACGUUGGACAUAUCGUGCCUGUCUCUCAGUCUCAGUUUGAAAUGGGGAGCAAGCCUUUCAUCAAAUCAAACCAGGGGCAGAGUCAGCAUUUUCAGAGCCAGAGCCAUUCGUCCCAGCAGCAAUCUCAGUCCAAGGACAUGCCGCCUCGAUUCAUCAAGAAAGGACAGCUCAAUGCUGAUGAGAUCAGUCUGCGACCUGCUCAGUCAUUCCUACUGAAUAAAAAUCAAGUGCCAAAGCUGCAGCCACAGAUACCAACCAUGAUUCCUCCAAGUGCACAACCUCCUCGCACUCAAACCCCACCAUUGGGGCAGCCUCCACAGCUUGGUCUAAAAACCAAUCCUCCUCCUAUACAAGAGAAGCCUCCAAAGACGAGCAAGAAACCGCCACCUGCAAAGGAGGAGCUUCUGAAGAUGACUGAGAAUAUUGUGACUGAGUACCUUAACAGUAAAAACAUCAACGAAGGUGUGAUCGGAAUAAGGGAGAUGAAAGCGCCCAAACACUUCUUACCUGAGAUGUUGAGCAAGAUUCUGCUGUGUUCUCUGGAGCGGUCAGACGAUGACAGAGAGCACGCAAGCAUUCUGAUUAAUGCCCUUCGCGCGGAGAACCUCAUUAGCGGGGAGGGCUUCAUGCAAGCUUUUCUGAAUGUGUUGGAUCAGUGUCCAAAGAUCGAGGUGGACAUUCCCCUCGUGAAGUCAUACUUGGCUCAGUUUGCUGCCAGAGCGAUCAUCGUGGAGCUCGUGAGUGUCGCGGAGUUGGCUCACCCCCUGGAAAAUGGAACCCAUUUUCCUCUGUUCCUGCUCUGCCUUCAGCAGACCACUAAGCUGAAGGAUCGUGAGUGGCUAACUGAUCUCUUCCAACAAAGCAAGGUCAACAUGCAGAAGAUGCUGCCUGAAAUUGACCAGAACAAGGACCGAAUGUUGGAGAUCCUAGAGGGAAAAGGGCUUAGUUUUCUGUUCCCACUGCUGAAGUUGGAGAAGGAGCUGCUGAAACAGAUAAAGGCUGACCCCUCCCCACAAGUCAUCUACAAGUGGAUCAAAGAUAACAUCUCACCCAAACUCCACACUGACAAGGGCUUUAUCAACAUACUGAUGACUAGCUUUUUGCAGUAUAUUGCCCAUGAGAUGUGCAUUGUUGGAGAUGACCAGUUAUCAGCUCUGUCAAAAGAGCAACUCGACCAGGAGAAACAACUGCUGCUUGCGUUCAAACCUGUGAUGCAGAAAUUUCUGCACGAUCAUGUGAGUCUGCAGGUCAGUGCCCUGUAUGCACUGCAGGUCCACUGCAACGCCAAUGGUUUCCCAAAAGGCAUGUUACUACGGUACUUUGUGAAUUUUUACGAUAUGGAGAUUAUUGAAGAAGAUGCCUUCCUUGCAUGGAAAGAAGAUAUUACACAAGAAUUCCCAGGAAAGGGGAAAGCAUUAUUCCAGGUGAAUCAGUGGCUCACCUGGUUGGAAACCGCUGAGGAAGAGGAGUCUGAAGAGGAAGUGGACUGAUGCAGCCAAAGCCUUACCGUAUAGAAAUCUGAAUACUGUUCCAUCACACUUUGCUUGUAAUGGGCGUACCUAGGAACUGCAGUCUGUAGGGUUUUUUAUUUUUUUAUAUAUAUAAAUAUAUAUAUAAAAAUAAAAAAAAUUAAAUAAUAAAAUUCUUAGGAUGAUGAUGAUGGCAUGUGAUCUCUUAAAGCUUUCCUUUAAGAUCCACGGUAAGAAUGAACGUAAAGCUUGUUUCGCUUCCGGUUGGUCUGAUGUACUGCUACCUUCCACGUCAACAUUUUAACCGGAAUAGUGAAAGUAGAAAUGCACUUUGCUCAGUGUAGUACUCGAGUUGUCAUAUCCGUUCAUUCCUUGAUUGAUACCAAGAACCUACAACUGUAAUCAUUGGUUACCAUAACAUUGUAGCUAUGUGUUUCUACCUCCAAGUAAGGGACUUAAUGUGCUGGAUUUGAGAUCUCCCCCUCCCCCCCUUAAUGUAUGUAUAGCAAGUCCAAUCGCCUGGGGUCAAACACAAGUGCUAAAUGGUUUACUUGCACAAUGGCUUCCUUACCCCCUCUCUCCCCACACACCAGAGUUUUAAGAUCGAUACCCGUAAUCGGUGUUUGUGGAACACUUGAAUGGAAGUUAAGCCACUUUCUUUUCCUCUCUCCCUCUUUUUAGACAGCCCCUGCCUCCUUGCCUGUCAAAUGUCGUAAUACUUGAAGUUUUCUUUGCAGCAUGUUAAGGGAUUGUUACAUUUUUGGCCUGUGCAGAAUCGGCUUUCUCCCUCAAUUGAACUGUUGUGAAGUUGAAUUUUAACGUGUCUCUUUUUUUAAUUGGUGAAUAAAAUUAUUAAUUAAUCUGAAUUGGCAUUGAGUUCCCAUAGACAAACGCAUUAUGUGUUAAGAUGUUAGGAUAUCAGUGGGGGAUACAGUUUCUCUGCAGAUGAUUCACCUAAGUGCCCAUGAAAUACAUGUGUGCAAUAUGACUUUAUAAUGAAUUCAUACAUUCUCCCUGCCGUCCGUCAUACAUAUGUUUAUGGACACGUCAGCUGUUUGCUGUGUGUACAGGUCAGACUUGUAUUAGGCCAUGUUUAAUCCUGAUUGUACGGUUACCUUCAGCUGAAUUGGCCUCAUGGAGUUAAUGCCUUGUGCAUAAUAGCCUUGCAGAUGAAUGUGUUACUUUGGCUGCUGUGGAACUAAUAAAAUGUACAAAUGUAAACUGUUAAA